AUGUCUCAAGCAGACGGUCCCACUCUUAAAGCCAUCUUCAACACGGGAUUUGCUGUCACACAAGCAAUAUCCAAGAAAUUAUCUUCAUCUGAACUUCAACCUCAAAAUCAAAUGUCGAUCUUCUCUUCAACUCCUGGUCUUCCCACUGAUCUUGCAACUCCACGUCCCAAGAGAACAAAGCUCCCAGGCCCCGCAACACAACUUCUCAAUGAACUGUUCGACGAAGUGGAUGAAAUUGAAGCAGUCGAGUCAAUCGAAGAUUCUACCUAUGUUGAUGUUGACCAUGCGCGCAAGAGAGCUGGUAGACUGAGACUUAGACCUAGACCUAGAAUCGAAACAUCUUUCAAGAGCAAGUCAUCGGAUGGUCCAAAUCAAUCAGCGGGUUCUUCCGAUUUUUUUAUGAAUUCCUCAGUCGAUUAUUCACAUCUCACUGUAAGUCCUGAAGAGGAUCUUCAAAAGCUCGCAGACAGAUUCGGAGAGAUUCAAUCUAGGAAUAAACAAAUCAUCGAAGCUGACGACGAUGCUAUCUGGAAAUCUCUUCCAGAUCUGAAUACCGGAUCCUUUUCACGUUACGCUAAACUUCGAGGCUCUGCUAAAGCCUAUGAGAAAGAGUUUCAAGAUGCUUUGAAGAAGGAAAAAGAUAUUUAUGAAUCUACACCUGGAUUCAUCAAAAAGCAGAUGCCUGGUUUGAGUGCGACUGAUAUGCGCAAACAAAUUCCGAGAUUGAUCAAUGCUGAAGCAGAAUAUGAAUUUGAUGAGGAGGAUGAAGAUGAGAAACACGCAAUUGAGAUUCUCGAGGCACUUUUCAAGGAGUUGGCAGAGAGAGAGGCUAGCACUAACAAGAAUGAAUGGAAGAGUGUCAAACAGAUCAUUGAGGGUGUGGAAAAUAAGGGCAAGAAUGAUGGGGAAGAACAAGCCGUUGCGAUUAAAGAUAUGGAUCGUAGAUCUGAGAUGAACCAUAGUGCUCGCCAGGAUACCCAUAAAUCUCGCGAAAUCAACAUCUUUUCAGAUUUCGCCGAAGAAACAGACGAUGAAAUUCGACAUUACUCUGCCAUAACCCAACAACAUAUUAAAGACGGAUGUAAAGUUAGGGGACUUGAUCAGAUAAUCGAGAAAGAUGAGGAGCAACCAGUACAACCGCAACAACCAAGUCAAGUCGAACCAGAAAUCACUCCUUCCCCAGAACUCGAAGAAAAGAACAAGCAAGAAAUCACAGAACCGCAACAAAAUGUGUGCGAAGUUUCUCCCGUGAUGGAACCUCCCAAAGUCAAUAAAAAGGAGACAAUUCCACAGGAACAGCCCGAUAUAGAAGGAAACACAAAGGAAGAUGAAGACUCUCAAAACUCUUCACAAAACCACGAUAAUCCUGAAAGUCAAAAUCUGGAUAUCGAUAUUUACAAACAUAUCGAUGAAGCAACUAGUGCUAGUUCUAGUGCCAUUUCGUAUUCUACUUCUUCUAUUGAUGGGAGCGCUUCAGAGGAGGAAGAUGAGAUGCAACUUGGUAUGGCGGCGCUGGCUACGGGGGUUAUGAUUACUGCGCUGUGGAUGAUUGAAAGGAAGACGGCAGCAGUUUGUUAG